UUGGAGGCACAUAUUCAACGGUCGCCACUUCCGCUUCUUCGAAACCUCCGUCCACAACCAAUUCUCUCGUAUCAAUCAAUCGAUUCCAAAUUCAGAUUCCAUUCCAUUCCAUCGUUAUCUUCAUCAUUUCACUUCAUUAGUAUAUAUAUAUAUCAUCAAUUAUUAUAUAAAAAUAGCAGCAAAACUUAUGAAUCAAUGAGUAGUUAGUAAGUAAAGUAGAGUCUAUCAAUUUCAAAUGUUCGCAUCAACAACAACACAUUUCCGUUUUUCCUCAAUCUGCACUCACUCUUCUUCUUCUUCUUAUACUAUAAUCAAUGCUUCUUCAAUUAGGCCACAUUCCAAGUCUCCUCCUACUUUCAUCAAUUCCAUACUUUCUCAGAAUGGAACAUUAUGUAUUAGUCUGUCCGCUGAGGUUCAGUCAAGAAGGUGGCGAUCGAGAUCUGCUAGCUCGAAGUUUCAGAUGACAUUAAUAGACGAGAGUCUUGGCAGAGAACAAGUCGUUAUUAAGCCUUCUGAAAUAUUGGCCUAUGAUCUUGUCCAAGGACCUCAUGUUAGAUGGAGUUACAUUGCAGACAAAAGAGUACCUUGUCCACCAACAGCUGUUCUUUUGCAUGGCAUUUUAGGUAGCAGGAAGAAUUGGGGAACAUUUGCUCGGAGAUUAGCACAGGAAUUUCCAAACUGGCAGUUUCUCUUGGUUGACCUGCGGUGUCAUGGUGAUUCAGCUUCUAUCAUGAAGAAAGGGCCUCAUACUGUUGCCUCAACUGCUUUUGAUGUCCUAAAGUUGCUAGGUCAUCUUAGAGUUACACCGAGAGUCAUAAUUGGUCACAGUUUUGGAGGUAAAGUUGCACUAAGCAUGGUUGAACAAGCUGCAAAGCCACUUGCAAGGCCUGUCAGAGUUUGGGUUUUGGAUGCUACACCUGGAAAGGUUCGAGCAGGUAGAGAUGGAGAUGAUCAUCCUGCUGAAUUGAUCACUUUCCUAAGUGCAUUUCCAAAGGAGGUUGUAUCAAAAAGGGAGGUCAUCAAGGCUCUUCUACUUGAGGGAUUUUCGAAUGAUGUGGCACAGUGGGUAGUUACAAAUCUUCGGCAAAUCAACCCAUCUGAAUCAUCUUCUGGAUUCUCUUGGAUAUUUGACCUUGAUGGGAUAUCUGAAAUGUAUCAAUCUUAUGAAGACACAAACCUAUGGGAUGUGGUGGAAGAGGUACCUCGAGGUGUACAUGUAAAUUUUCUAAAAGCGGAAAGAAGUUUGCACAGAUGGGCACUUGGAGAUCUGCAGAGGAUUCAUGCAGCUGAGGAGCAAGCUUCUCAAGAAGGCGGUGGAGUGGAAAUGCAUGUUCUUGAAGAUGCGGGCCACUGGGUACAUGCAGAUAACCCAGAUGGGCUCUUCCGGAUUUUAUCCUUUUCUUUUCAAGGAAUUUGAUAUCAGGAAACUUAGUUUUGCCAUUCAAGUUGUUUUGUGCAUCAUGUCUCUCAUGAAGCGUCUCAUAGUUUUGGGCAACAUCUGCAGAUCUAAACUCAUAAUUCAACUUUUUCUAGUACUUGAAAAGAUCAUCUUGGCAGCUCAAUUGGAGGUCAAGGGUAGUACUCAUAUACAUAGCAUUGCAAUUUUUUGUAUUAUUGUUGAAUACUAUAUCAUUUUCCUCAUUUACUGAUCAUUUCUUCAAUUGUAACUUUGUAAGAGACAUGCAAGACAUUACUAUCUUGAUUAAGCAGACAUAAGGCGAACUUUCAUAUAUUACAAAAGAUGGUCGAUUUUGGAUA